AAGACUCUGUCUCAAAAAAAAAAAAAUUCUAGAGAUGAAAAAUACAUUAAGUGUCCAUGAUGUUGUAGCAGAAAAGCAAAAAAGAUGUUUGGUGACCCUGAGAGGGUGUCUAAUAGUGGGGUGGGGCUAGAAGUCAGAAUGUAAUGCAUGGAAGAGAGGCAUAGAUUGGAAAAAGCUUUGAGUGUGGACCACUUGUUUAGGAAGUUUGGUCAUAAAAUGAAAUUAAGAAAUAAGACAGGGAAGGAGCCGCAGUAUCAUCUGGAAGUUUUUUUGAGGAAAGGACAGGGGUACCUGUGGCUUCAUGAUGGCCAAGAAAAGAGAAUCAAUGGAGAGGAACUAAUCCAAGGUGAUGAAGAUGUGGGUAUACCAUCAUGCUGAGGAACCCCUUGACAUGGGGAGAGGAGGUUUUGCAGGGACAGAAAUAGAGACAUCUGUCUCAUUUACCUAUAAUUCAGUUUGUUUCAUUCACAUGUCAUACACCUAGCAGCAAAACACCUUUUCAAAUCUCUGCCUGUAGUGUAAAGAGCCCAGCUGCCCAAGAGGCAGCUGAGUCCUAAGUCUUGGACCUGAUCUGGAGCAUCAGCUAUGUGCUGUAGUGCGGGUCACUUAGGCUCUAGUCUAAGCCUCAGUUUUCUGAUUAGUGAAAUGGGGUUAACAAUAAUGCCUACUUCAUAGUGUUGCUGUUUGCUGCUCAUCUUCUGGUCUGGGGGCAGUGUCUCUGGUGUGUCUUGAGUCUGGGCCAUAUGACCAAUGAUGUCACAAUGCCCUACUAGAGUUCAGCUUCUCCACUAGGGAGUUGUGGAUCCUUUGGAGCCAAGGACUCGAACAGACAUGCGAGACCUCUACCAACUGAAGGUUUCAUGAGCACACUCCUUUUCCAAGAUCUUGGUGAAUAGUCUUUCACUGUGCAAUUGUAUCUUAGAAAUUGUUUUACGUUUGAUCAUGAUUGUGCUUGGCUGGAUGUUUUUUGUUGGACUUGCAUGUUACAUGGGCACAUUUCCAGAGUUGAUGCCUCCAACUCUGAAGUGGCAGGAGAGGUGGCCUGUUCAGGAGAGCAAGACACAACUGAGGAGGCGGGCUUUAGAUGAAGAUCUGCUGCAGAACCAUGUGGAAGGGAUAUAAAUAUCCCCCAGGAGGGACCCCAGUGGAAGUAAGCAAGGAUGAUCCUGGUGAAGUAAUGCAGCUGUGAAGCCCACCUGACCAGCUGUACAGUUCCUGUUGUUGGUUUCGCAUAAAGCAGAUGCAUUCUCAUCUAACGUACCUGUUGCUGUGGCGAGCAGAAAAAGAAACAUGUCCAAGAACAAAUUGAGACAACUUAGGAACAACUUAGGAACCAAAAAAGUAUUCCCAAAUAUGUAUGAAAUUCUUGGAGGAAAACCAAAAGAUAUGUGCUUACUAUAAGGCUGCCAAAUACGACGUAUCUUGAAACAGGCUGGAAGUUCCAACUAAAUUAGUCUGCCAACAAAGCAGCUGGCCAAGGAAGCAGGCUCUAAUCCAACCUGAAAAUCUUGCAUGAUAGCAAUGCUGAGAAGUGACAUAUCCCUAAUAGAGAGAAGUCCCAAGACAGCAUCCAGAUUUCUUUCCCAGUCACCUUGGCUAGGCCACAAUGAGAUCCUUUAAAGUCCAUAUCUUUGUAAAUUUAAUUUUAGACUCUUUCCAUAGUGGAUAGGGGCUCAAUAUUUAAAAGAGAAAAGGGAGAAGGAAAGGGAGAGGAGAAAGGAGAAGUAAUACUGCUAUCCUAACUAGAUAUAUAUAAAAUUGCCCUUGUUUACAAGAAAAGAACCACAAACAUAGGCAUUAAUCACAAGGAUCUUACGUUUUCAUUGUGGAAAGGGCACCAUGAGUAUGAUUCAAAUUAAGACAUACAAAAACUCAUAAGCAGAGGCACACACUCACUCCACUCUAUCCCAUUAAGGGAUUUGGAAGCAGAGGAAGGUGGAUUUUUUUUCACCAACACUUAAGAUUUUCCUGGCCAGGCGCAGUGGCUCAAGCCUGUAAUCCUAGCACUUUGGGAGGCUGAGGCAGGAGAACCGCUUGAGCCCAAGAGUUAAGAGGCCAGCCUGGACAACAUGGUGAGAACUCAUCUCUUUAAAAAAAAAAAAAAAAAGGGCUGGGUGCAGUGGCUUACGCCUGUAAUCCCAGAACUUUGGGAGGCCGAGGCAGGCGGAUCACAAGGUCAGCAGAUCGAGACCAUCCUGGCCAACAUGGUAAACUCUAUCUCUACUAAAAAUACAAAAAUUAGCUGGGCGUGGUGGUGCCUGCUUGUAAACCCAGCUACUUGGGAGGAUGAGGCAGGAGAAUUGCUUGAACCAGGGAGUCAGAGGCUGCAGUGAGCCAAAAUUGCGCCACUGCACUCCAGCCUGGUGACAGAGCAAGACUCUGUCUCAAUAAACAAAAAACAAAAAUUUCCUGUCCCUGUCCAUUAUAUAGCUCAUAGAGUUACAAAGCCCCAUACAAAUCAAAGCCCCAUACAAGGUUUUCCCCAAGAAAAAUGCAAAUACAUAUAUUAGCGUUACUUAUUUUAAACAGGACUGGUUUGCUGUCCAAAUAACCCAGCAUUGAGCACUAUCUAACAUGAUUUUGGGAUAGAUAUCUUUCGUCUUAACCUGGGACUGCAAGAGAUAGAAAGUGGGAUACGACAAACCAAAAAGCUGAUCUUGACUGAAUACUGGUAUCCAAAAGGGAAAACAUCAGUGUCAAUGGGGCAUAGUUUAAUGCAGUGUUCAGUAAGCUUCAGUCAUUUGCAUACUACCUUUAUGAUUUUUGCCUUUGUGGUAUACUACCCCUACCAUUACUUACUAAUUUAAAAAAACAUACAGAGUUGGCCAGGUGCGGUGGUUCAUGCCUGUAAUCCCAGAACUUUGGGAGGACAAGGCGGGCGGAUCACUUGAGGUCAGGAGUUCGAGACCAGCCUGGCCUCGAACUCUGGACCAGCCUGGCCUCAAACUCUGUGAAACCCUGUCUCCACUAAAAGUACAAAAAUUACCCAGGCAUGGUGGCUCACGCCUGUAGUCCCAGCUAGUUGGGAGGCUGAAGCACGAGAAUCACUUGAACCCAGGAGGCAGAGGUUGUAGUGAGCCAAGAUCACGCCACUGCAUUCCAGCCUGGGCAACAGAGUGAGACUCGGUCUGAAACAAAAACAAAAACAAAAACAAAAACACAGACCUAACAUCAUGAGCCGUUAUUAUAGCUUUAUCUCAGCGAUAAUAUCCACAAAAUGACUGACUUGAACAACUAGUUAUAUUUUUCCAAUUCAUAUAAAAAUACAUACUAUUAAGCCAGGCACGGUGGCUCACACCUGUAAUCCCAGCACUUUGGGAGGCCGAGGCAGGCGGAUCACGAGGUCAGGAGAUCGAGACCAUCCUGGCCAACACGGUGAAACCCCGUCUCUACUAAAAAUACAAAAAAAUCAGCCGGGCGUGGUGGUGGGCGCCUGUAGUCCCAGCUACUCGGAAGGCUGAGGCAGGAGAAUGGCGUGAACCCGGGAGGCAGAGCUUGCAGUGAGCCGAGAUCGUGCCACUGCACUCCAGCCUGGCCAACAGAGCAAGACUCUAUCUGGAAAAAAAAAAAAAAAAAUACAUACUAUUAAAAUAAAAAAUAUUUUAUUUGUAAAAAAUGUAGAAAUAUUUUAAAUGGUAUAUUUGUAAACCAUUUACAUCCAGGCCCUAUAUGUGCUGCUCUUUAAAAACAUUGAUUGAGGCCGGGUGUGGUGGCUCACGCUUGUAUUCCCAGCACUUUGGGAGGCUGAGGCAGGUGGAUCACCUGAGGUCAGGAGUUUGAGACCAGCCUGGUCAACUUGGGAAACCCCAUCAAAAUACAAAAAUUAGCCAGGUGUGGUGGCAGGCACCUGUAAUCCCAGCUACUCCGGAGGCUGAGGAAUUAAUUGCUUGAACCCAGGAGGUGAAGGGUUGCAGUGAGCCGAGAUCGCACCACUGCACUUCAGCCUGGGUGAUUGUACUCCACCCUGGGUGAGAAGAGUGAAACUCUGUCUCAAAAAAAAAAAAAAAAAAAAAGAAAAAGAAAAAGAAAAGAAAAGAAACACUGACUUAGGGAACAAAAAUACAGGAAAGGCAGAAAAACAAGGAAGGUGGUGUUCAGGAACUCAGAUUUGCUUUGAAAAGAAUAACAGAGGCUACUUUUAGCUUUUUUUCAAAGUAUACACCUAUUCUCAUCAAUUUAUAUGUCAAUUUCAAAUUCUGCCUUUUUAAACACCUCUAAUCAUUAAGGAUACUUAAGCUGGUCUCACAUUUAACCCAACAACUUUGCAGUACUUGUCCUGUCCUUAUGAUGCAAAAGAAACUCAAUAAAUCUAUACAACGUCUAUUUUGUUGAUCUUCAACAACUUAAAAAGCUAGCAGUAAGGCAAGGUCAGCACUGCUCUAAUGAGGCUUAAUCUUGUUUAUAUGAACUGAGCCAUAAUCAAUUAAUUUCUUAUAUCCUCUGUAGCUUAAAAAUGUACUCAGGCCAGACAUAGUGGCUCACACCCAUAAUUCCAGCACUUUGGGAGGCUAAUUUGAGAGGAUCGCUUGAGCACAGGAGUUCGAGACCAGCCUGAGCAAUAUAGGGAGACCCUGUCUCUCCAAACAAUUUAAAAAUUAGCUGGGCACAGUGGCAUAUGCCUGUGGUCCCAGCUACUCGGGAGGCUGAGACAGGUGGAUUGUCUCAGCCAGGGAGGUCGAGGCUGCAGUGAGCCGUGGUUGUGCUACGGCACUCCAGCCUGAACAACAGAGUAAGAUCCUAUCUCAAAAACAAAAAAAACCCAAAAACCAAAACCAAAAACAAAAAAAACCUCACCAGCACAAAUACCAAUAAGAUAUUAAAACACUCUUAGACAAAGUUGAGGUUCACAACCUAAAAAAAAAGACUGGGUCACUAGAGAUCAUCUUUAUAUUUUUGGAAAUAUCUUUGAAUGGCCAGGCACGGUGGCUCAUGUCUGUAAUCCCAACACUUUGGGAGGCUGAGGUGGAAGGAUUGAUUGAGCCCAGGAGUUCGAAACUAGCCUGGGCAGCAUACUGAGACCCCCAUCUCUACAAAAUAUACAAAAAUUAGCCGGACAUUGUGACGCACGCCUGUAGUCCCAGCUACACAGCUGAUGUGGGAGGAUGGCUUCAGCCCAGGAAGUGGAGGCUGCAGUGAGCCAUGAUUGUGCCACUGUACCCCAGCCUGGGUGACAGAGCAAGACUCUGUCUCAGAAAGAAAAUCUUUGAGAUAUAAUUCAUAUACCACAAAAUUCAUCCAUUUAAUGUAUACAAUUAAAUGGUUUUUGAUAUACAGUUGACCUUUAAACAUGGUAGCAUGGCAUGCCACCACCCUGUGCAGUAAGAAAAAAUUCCGGCUGGGCGCGGUGGCUCACCCCUGUAAUCCCUGCACUUCGGGAGGCUGAGGCAGGCAGAUCACCUGAGGUCAGGAGUUCGAGACCAGCCUGACGAACAUGAUGAAAUCCCAUCUCUACUAAAAAUACAAAAAAUUAGCUGGGCGUGAUGGCAUGCACCUAUAAUCCCAGCUACUCAGGAGGCUGAGGCAGGCGAAUCGCUUGAACCCAGGAGGUGGAGGUUGCAGUGAGCUAAGAUCGCACCACUGUACUCCAGCCUGGGCAACAAGAGCAAAACUCUGUCUCAAAACAACAACAACAACAAUAUUCCAUGUAUAACUUUUGACUCCCUAAAAACAACAACAACAAUAUUCCAUGUAUAACUUUUGACUCCCUAAAAACUUUACUAACAACUCAAAGUUGACCAGAAGCCUUACUGAUAACAUAGUCAAUUAACAUACAUUUUAUGCAUCAUGAUAUACUUUUUUCUUAAUUCUUUUCAAUAUUUCUAGGCUAUGUUCAUCUGCAGGUUUUUUUAAGUUGUCACAGAUUUUAAAAAAACUUAUUGGAAAAAAAUCCACAUAUAAGUGGGUCCACACAGUUCAAGCCUAUGUUGUUGAAGGGUCAACUGCAUCCACAGAGUAGUAUAACCAACACCACCAUCUGAUUCCAGAACAUUUUAAUCAUCCUCCCAAAAAAUCUCUUAGCUUUAGCAAUGACUCCACGUUCUCGUCUCCCCUCAGCCCCUGGCAAACCCUAAUCUACAUUCUGUCUCUAUGCAUUUGCCAAUUCUGGACAUUUCAUAUAAAUGAAAUCGUAUAAUAUGUGGCUAUGAUGGUUAAUUUUAUAUGUCAAUUGGACUAGGCUAUAAUACCCAGUUAUUUAAUCAAACAUUAAGCAUUACUGUGAAGGUAUUUUGUAGAUAUAAUAUCUACCAUCAGUUGACUUUAGGUAAAGAACACUACCCUCCAUAAUGUGGAUGGGUCUCAUCCAAUCAUGCCAAUGAAGGCAUAAGAGCAAAACUCGAGGCUUCUAAGAAAAGGAGUUCUAUCUCAAGACCACAGCAUGAACUCCUGCCUGAUUUUCCAGCCUGCUGGCCUGCCCGAGAAAUUUCAGACUUCUCAGGCCUCCAUAAUCAAUCCCCUAAAAUAAAUCCUACUGGUUCCAUGUAGAACACUGACAGAUACAGUGGCCUUUUGUAUCUGGCUUCUUUCACUUAGCAUGUUUUCAAAGUUCAUGUUGUAGCAUGUAUCAAUAUUUCCUUCCUUUUUGUGGCUGAAUAAUAUUCCAUUGUAUAGAUAUACCAUGCAUUAUUUUCAUAUUCAUCAACUGAAUAUUCGGAUUGUCUCUACUUUUUGGCUAUUAUGAAUAAUGCUGCUGUGAACAUCUGUGUACAAGUUUUUAUGUGGAUGCACAUUUUCCUUUCUCUUAGGUAUGUGACCACAGAUCUUUUUCUCAUUGAGCAGGCAAGACCUUUCAAAAGGGAGUUGCAAUAGACCCUGGUAUCAAAAGAUGUGUUGUUAACGAAAUAUUUUAAAAGACAGUUCCCCACAGGGGUAGCCCAGUGGAGAAAC